AUCUCUUCCACUACCUCUUCCAAUAUCUCUUCCACUACCUCUUCCCUACAUCUUCGCUAUCUCUCACUAUUCGUAAUAAUGGGUGAUCAUGACCGUUCAGUUCCCCUUGCCGGGUCAGCGCAUUCAAUGGCAGCUGAAGAAGAGGCAUCACGACAGUAUCAUCUUAGCUUACUGGGCUCCACUCAUAUCUCAGAUGAGCUGCAGGAUGCUAAACUCGCACCCAUAUUUACUGCUAGCCUAAUGAAACAUUGCAAAGUGUCUCAAUUUGGUUUGCUUGCUGGUGUCAGCCAGGUGUUAAAUCACUCGGAUCCUCUCAUGAAUGACGAACAACAGCAGGAUCCGCGCUUAUUUUUCAACAUCACCCCUCCUUCAAGCACAUUCAUAUGCGGAUCGCAGGGAUCCGGCAAGAGCCACACGUUGUCUUGCAUGCUAGAAAGCUGCCUGAUACCUUCCAAAGCCGGCAGGCUCCCCAACCCGUUGACCGCCGUGGUGUUCCAUUACGACACCUUUGUUAGUGACCAGAUGGGCUCUCCCUGUGAAGCGGCAUACCUCUCAUCGAACCCAGCUGUCAAAGUGAGAGUGCUCUGCUCGCCGACGAAUAUUCAGACCAUGAAGAAAACAUAUUCCCGGUUCAGCAAUGUCGACAUUCAGCCGCUGGAGAUUGAUCAGGGAGACCUCAAUACGAAACGAAUGCUAGACCUCAUGGCAGUUGAUCCACAAGCCAGCGCCAUGCCCUUGUACAUGCAUACAAUCCAGCGAAUCCUGCGGCAGAUGCGCAUUUCCCAACAGCAGUCAGGAGCUGAGUUCGACUAUCAAGAAUUCAAGCAGCGCCUCUGGGACUGCGGUCUUUCCCCUGGUCAGAUGGAGCCUCUAAAGCAGCGUCUGGAUACCUUGGAAAGUUUUAUGCCACAGGCUACUGCGGCGUCCACUAAAAAGGGCCGGAAACACACCCAGCAGAACAAGGGAACAAACUGGGAGCCAAAAGGGAGCCAGCUCAUUAUUGUUGAUCUAUCUUGCCCAUGCAUUUCUCCUGAAACAGCCUGUUCCUUGUUCAACGUGUGCCUGAGCAUCUUUUUAGAGCAGGAUCCAAACAUUGGGAGAGUGGUGGCGCUUGAUGAAGCACAUAAGUAUAUGAAUUCGUCGUCGGAGGCCGAGGCGUUCACAAGCAGCUUACUGGCCUCGAUUCGCUUGCAGCGCCAUUUGGGCGUGAGGGUUAUCAUCUCCACGCAGGAGCCGACCAUAUCAACAGCGUUGCUGAAUCUUUGCUCCACGACGAUUGUCCAUCGAUUUACUUCACCAGAGUGGCUGCGAGCUUUGAACAAACAUCUAGCUGCCGCUGCAUAUGACUCAUUGACAUAUAAGCGGGGAUUGAAAGAAGAAGAUGAGUGCGACAUUCUGGGAGAUGAUGCAAGUCCCCUUUUCAAUCAGAUUGUUCGGCUGAAAGUUGGGGAAGCGCUACUGUUCUCUCCAACCGCGAUAGUAGAUGUGCAAUCGUGCGACGAUGGGUCAUUCCGUUUCCGCCGCCUAGGUGAUGAUUACUUGACCGUCAGGGUUCGCUCAAGAUUGACUCAGGAUGGCGGAAAAAGCACGCUGUGCUUAUAGGCUUGCUUCCAUGGUAUAACAAUGGAGAAGUACCUCGUAAGGAAAGUCCGAGACAUCCGCUUAUAGUUGUGUGGUAUUAUUGGG